AGAAACAAACUGAUGGCACACCACCAGAUCUGAUCCAUAAGGCACAAUUUGAACUUGGGUUUAACAGCUUCAAGGGAGGUAACUCUGCUCCCCCGUCUUGUAGCAACAACAAAUUAACUGCUCAUGGUAAGCUUCAACACAAGGAUUGUGUACAAUGUUAAGCUAUUACACAUGUUACCCUGUUACAGACUGUUAGUUCUAUAUUGAGCAAACAGCUAAGCUCAGGUAAAGUAGCAGUUAAAUGUUGCAAUACAAUAAAUAAAUAUCUGAUUAUGUUCUGUAUAGAAUAUUGUUUUAAAAUUCCAGGCCUAGAAUUUGGAGCAAAACAGUAUCUAAGUAAAUUAGAGGAAAAUUUGCAAUUACCUGAAAGCAAUGUGAUACUGGAAAAACAUAAACAAUUGUUCUGUUUACUCCCAUCACCUCUGUCAGUGGAAGCAUUAAGGUAGAUUAAGUUCUGAGUAAACUGGUUUAGUAUAGUUUAUUCAUAUUUUUCCUAUUCUGAAAUCUUUUUAAAAUUAAGUGUAUAGAAUUACACGCAAAUUAAAUAUGAACCAUAAAUUAAUUUUGUAAGAGCUAUAGUGCCUAUAGUCAUGUAUAGAAUCUAGUAUUAUAACAUUAUUUAAUUGCUUAGAGACAAAAAAUUAAAACAGAAAUGUUUACAGAAAUACAAGUUUAAAGGAUGGUUUAUCAAAUUUAAGAAAAAUAUUUGAUUUUUAGUAAUAAACUAAAUUAUGGCAUUUCAAAGGACUUGAAAGUAACAUUUUAAAAUUUCUUACAGAUUUCCAUUGAUGUCAUCUGUUUAUUCAAACCAAAACCAGAAUCUUCAUUUCUUGUGUCCAGGACAGAGUCAGUAAUUUGUUGUUAUAUUUAUUAUAAAAUGCUUUUGGCUACACUAUAUUAUAUUUUUAAGUAUUAUUAACAGUUUUUACCUGAUCCAUUUUCUGUGUCACCUACCAUCCAUCUUAAGUAUUUUCUGUAUCAUUUAAACUAUUUGUUUAUCUCUGCCUGUUGUCAAAAUUUUAAAAGAAAAACCUUAAAAAAAAUUUAAUAUGCUAAUCAAGAUGAACAUAUUUCCAGUGGCAGACUUCCACUUGAUGAACCAUCCUGGCGUUCCAAUUAAUAAGGAUGAGCUUGGAGAUUUGAAACUUUGGACAGAGCCUCUAAAGCUUGCCAAUGCUCUACUCUUGCUACAAAAGGUUGUUAAUGGCAAAUCAUUCUACAGAUUUGUCAUUAAGUGUAGCUGAAAAAAAUAUACAUACUGCACAUGGGCGCCCGCAGGUAGGGGCAAGGGGGGGCACUCCCCCUCCCCCCCGGAUUGAUUGGAUAAAAAAAUUUUAGACAAAAAUUGACAAAAAAUUUAUUAAAGUAAAGAGAAAAUAAAGAGAAAAUAACUAAGCUGAUGUCCUGUCCGUUCGUUCACCAUACAAAUGCGCUACAGUAAAUUAAAACUAAAUUAAAACAUUACUAAAAAAUUUUUGCCCCCUUGAUUUUUUUUGCGGGUGCCCAUGAUACUGCAUGCCAUUAAUGAGAUGUGUUUCUAUUUUAAAUAUCAUUCAGUUUCUGACAGUUGGAAUAGAAUACAAAUUUAAUAGUCAUUUGGUAAAAGGUCUGCUCAGAUGCCAUGAAACUUAAACUAUGAUCUAUCAUUUUCAGUGAUAAUUUUUUAAAAAGUAACAUGGUUUGGGUGAAAUGCAUUCAGCUCCAUCCUGCUCCGGGUUUAAUCAAAUUAUACAAAUAGUCUUAGCUGUACUUGUAUUAAGAAUUGAUUAUUCAUAAUUUUUUAAUUUAACGUAACAUUUUAUAAUAAAUUUCUCAAUUUUCUUUAGCAUACACUUCCAAAUAAGCUAUCUUCUCUUUGUGCUGGAGCAGAAAACUUUCAAUCAAACAAGGUAGGAAAAUUUAAAUUCAUCUAGAAAAUAUACCCCAUUCCUCCAAAGGGCCUUAUUGUUAAUUUUUGUUUUGUUCCUAUUUUAAGGAAGUGAAUCCAUAUAUGUUCAUUAUUUAAAAUAACAAUUCUGUCAUAACAACCACUUAUAUUAUACUAAAUAGUCUAAUCAGGCAUUAGGCAAGGACUAACAUUUUUUUUCCUCCAAGAAAUUUUAAAAAAUCUCUUAAUUAAAGUUUUGUUUCAACCAGAUGCAUCAGUUGGAAAUGGCCUUCAAACGGUUGCAUAGGUUGUACCUCAUGCAUUUGCUUUUCUACAAUAGAUCAGAGGUAGGUUUGUUGGAAUCAUGUUUAUGGCAGUUAUUAAGCUAGAUACUUCAAAAUUAUAUUUAGCAAUUGGAUAAAUACAUCUACAGGCAUAAUAGGAUAAAUACAUUAUAGGCUUACUAGGAUAAAUACCUAAUAUAGGUCAAAUAGGAUAAAUACAUAUAUAUAGACCCCACAGGAUAAAUACUAAAAUAUAGGCCCCGUAGGAUAAAUACAUAUUAAUAGCCUUAAUUGGGAAACACAUCUAAGUCAACUAAUAUGUUGAAAAUGUCUUGGGACAUCCUACAGGAAUUGUCAGUGGAACAAAUAGACACUGUUGAGAAACUCUUGGAAAAUUCACAAAAGUCAGACCUUGCUGGAUUCGCGAAAUUGUUCAGUUACAUUCCUGGUCAGUCUGGACUGUUUUGCAGUGCUCACAAACUGGCAAACUCUCCAGCUUCAGGAAUUCAUGAGUUCUCUGUGGAAAAGUUUCAUGUAAGAUUUACUGUUGAUAUUUUAAAGUAUCCAUCUUUUCGUGCCUUGACCUUCAAACUUUUUUUAUGGUAACAUUAUUCAUGAGUCUGUUAUUUGUUUUUCUUGUCAACCUAUUUCCUAAAUGUAGAAAAUUUUAUUUUUAGUAUGUACAGUGAAGCUGUGAUUUUUUAAGCAGUUUAAUUUAAUUUUUUUUGUUUGAAUAUUAACUUGGUAAAUUCACCAAACAUAAUAAUAUAAAAUUUAAUAUAGGCUAGUAGAAUCUAAUAUUUUAAAAUGAAAAAUCAUUUUACAAAAUUAAAUGCAAGAACUUUUCCACCUUGAUUUAAAAAUACCCAUGGGGCUGAUGUGUCACUGGAAUUUAUUAAUAGUAUAGGCUGAUAUUAAUCACUAAACAUUAUGACUAAUGGUAUGAAUACUACAGACAUUUUUUGUUGUUUUGAUUUUCAGGGUUUGAGUUCAAAUAUAUCAGUAAUACAUCUUGAAAAGAACCCGCUGUCUGAACUGCCUGAUGAGUUUUUCUCACAUUUUCACAACUUGACGCAACUUUGGCUGGAUGGGUGCAACAUUGUUGGUAAAUAUUGACAUGUUUAAGAGUAGCCUCCAUUUCUUCAUGAUGCUAAUGUAACGAAAGGAAGCUACAAAAAAAAAAAAAAAUCUGUUUCAAUUUAUUAUCUAAUACUUUUAACAUAAAUGUUAAGAAUUUUGACAAAUUCAAAAUUUUUCUAACAAUAUUUAAAAUAUUUGUAAAGUAAUUUUUAUCUUGGGACCUUAAGAAUAAAUUUUAGACAAAUUAAAUUAGUCUAUAGCCUUCACCAAUCCAUAACAUAUCCACUAUAAUCUGUUGGUGUGGAACAUAUUCAAUCAAUACAGGUCAAUGCUAAGUGAAUACAGUGGAAUUUCAAAACUCUUCACUGACUAGGUGUGUUAAGAAGCAUUGCAAUUGUUUUAUUGGGGAAAGUUUGUAAAAUGGGUGUCUAAAUAUUUCUAAGUUAUUAUCUAAAAUGUUAAAACACAAUUGAUUAGUGACUGGUGAUUGUUUUUCUCCCAUAUGGUGCCUGUUCGUUACGAUAGAUCUUCUCAUUUCAUUAGCAACUCUAAGAUGAAGCUAGCUCAUGGAUAACAGGGUGUAUUCCCUUGACUUAAGUUUAUAAAUAUAUAAAGACUUUGAAACCUUUUGAACCUUGUGAACCCUGUGUCCAUGCAACAUUUGACCAUGAUCCACUGUAUCAUGAUUGUUACUUCCAAUGUCACUGUUCAAUGUCCACUUACUCUGUGAAUGCUCAUAACAUAGAAGUAGAGUCUAAAAUAACCCCUACCAGUGUUUGACUCCUGACAAAUCUCAGUUGCUAUCAAUUAGCACACUAUAAAGCUGGAAAUACGUUUUUUUAAAAAAAAAUAAUUCAAAUUCAUUAUAUAAUUUCUAGAACUCCCUCCAAUGCAAAACAACACAUGUCUGGAGGAGCUCCAUAUUAAAGGAAAUAGAUUACAAACUCUCCUGGAAGAUAUGAAACAACUAACAUCACUUAAGGUAAUAAAUGCCUAAACAUUUAUGCUUAACAGCUGUAGCAAACUCAAAAAAACUGAUUUGCUAAUAUGCAUAAAUUGUCAACAUGACUUUUAAACAGAGGACCAGUCAUUGUUACUGAGGUUUUAAACAAUUUUCUUUACCCUCAGGUGUUGGAUAUAUCUGACAACCCAUUAGAACUUCUGCCUCAAGUUGUUUCUACAUUUGAGUCGUUGGUUGAACUGUAUGCAGACAACAUUGGAACUGUUGAUUUGAUGAUUGUCUGCCCUUUGAAAUGCCUGAGGAAACUGUCUGUGGCCUACAACUACAUUGAAUCAAUCCCUGACACGAUGUCAGAACUCCCACUGACCUACCUCGACAUGUCAGGUCUACCUUUUAUACCAAAAGGAACGUCGUUUUCUCUGCAGACAUUGAAUUUAUUUUUGGACAAAUACAUAGUCUAUAAAAGAAUCACAGCCAAGGUGAAUCCAAUGUUUACAUUAAAUAGUUAUCAAGAAAUAAAUAUCUUUUUUUUUUCUUUAAAAUUCAGUAGACUUAUAAUAUAUUUCAAGAAUUAGGUUUAACACUACAAUCUUCAAUAAAAUAUUUUAAAAAGUAGGUUGAACACUAUAAUAUUCCAUUUUUUAAAAAAAAUAUUGAUUACACAGUACAAUCUUCAUUUUAUCUUGAAUAGCCAAAGAAUUAAUGAAGUUGAGAUCAAUAUUAAUAACAAGACGUAAUAUAAAUACAACCUUUCCUUCAUAACAUUUGAUAACUUUAUUAAGUAAAUAUAUUGUAAAUGUCCAAUUUUUAAAAAAAGAGCUCAUAUGUAAACAUUUUAAAAAAAUUGGCCAUUGAAUGUGUCAAGGCUAUGAGAAGUCGGUUAACAAAAAAAUUUGGACCUUGAUAGUUGGUGCAGUUAGUCAACAUUCUGAAUUUUUUUAUGACCUUUAUAAUUUUAAGUAGCCAUUUCAGAAAGUGAAAGUUUUCUUGUAACCUCUCUGACAGGAACGUGUUGAGAUGGUGGAGAAUGUAGAGGCUAAUAGUGAAAAGAAAAGCAAUGUUGCCAAGCUGACUGAGUUGAACAAGAUCCUAUUCCAGAAUUAUCCUCGUCUGGGCAACAUGAGCAAACACAAUGGUUUCAUAUUAAUUUUAUAA